AACCAGCUAUUCGCUGCUAGCAACAGCCACGUGAAACGUGUUAGACACUACCUUUUCCUUUCGUGCGAAACGAUCGAAGAAUAAAACUCCGGUUCAAAAAUGGUGCAAAUCGUCGGCAAAUACCAAUACGUCUCCAAUGAGAACUUCGAGGAAUUCAUGAAAGCUUUGGGCCAUGCGGAACUCGUGAAUCCUUUCUUACAAGCGAAACCCUUGAUUGAUGUACAGAGGAACGGCGAUCAAUGGACCAUCGUAGUUACCAGCGGCGACAGAACUACUACAGCUUCCUUCAAGUUGAACGAACCUUACGAGGAGAAGCUGCCCUCUUCUGACCGCAAGUUCAAGAGCGUCACGACACUGGAUGGUAACAACUUCAGAACGGAAACGCAAGUUAGCGACACACUCAAAGUCAUCCGAGUGUACGAAUUCUUGGAUACCGAGAUGAAAGUAUAUCUGUCUAUGAACAAGGGCGACCUCAAGGCAACACGUACAUACAAGAGGCUCUAAAAUACAAAUAUUUAGAUAAACAAAUAAUAUCAUUUUUUUUACGUUAACUAAAAAUAAAAGCUUUUUCAUGAUUUCACCUCAAGUUUCUCUCCUUCACCAUGAUUUUUUUCUUCGAAAUGAUAACAGAUUUUGGAAAUUUUGAAUAAAAGUUUGACACAACGGACAAAAACAAUAAUAUUGU